GCUAAAAUUGCUAAGCUUGGCUUCAGAGAUUCCCAAGGUUCUGUACCUAUCGUAGUUAGCUCCAGGAUACAGAUAUCGCGCUUCAUCGUUUCCUUGAGCACGGUUCGUCUCCUUCCUGCUGCUGCGAGAACGUCUCUCAUUGCGUCGCACGACGACAUUCAGACGACAGAACCCAGACAAAGGCAAUCCAUCGUCAGGAAAUUUGGUCCAGUCACCGCAGAAUGUUACGCAAGCGACCCUGCAGCAGCGAGCGUGCUGGUCCGAUCGGUUAGGGUUCGCCCCUCUGCACCGUCGCCCCUUCCCUUCUUUCCCCCGUCACCCCUCUGCCCCUCCGCCCCUUCCGUCAGUCCGAUUAGGGUUGGCCGGCAAUGCCUCCCAAGCACUCGUCCUCCUCGCCCCUUCCAUCGCGCUCCUCCUCCCGUGCCUCCCUCUCCUCCCCCUCCCUCCCCCCCGCCUCGCCGUGUCUCUCAUGGCCAUCGCUCGCUCUCGCCGCUCUCAGCGUGACCGCGUUGGCCGUCUGUCUGCCCGCGCUCCACCGACGCCACUCCCACCUCGCGGAGGAAAUGUCCAUUUUAAAAGCACGCCUGGACGCUCGGACUGCGCGCGUGUCUGCAGCCGUUGAUCGGGUGGAGAGGUCGAUCUAUGAGCCAUAUCCUGGCUUGAAAUGGACCGACUGCCAUUCAAAGGCAGGCAUCAGCACCACCACAGACACCAGUGGCAAAGCCAGUCAUAGUGGUGCCAACGGUGCUGCUGCUGGUGCGGCUGACUACGGCACUGAAAACGCGGAUGGCAGCGCAGGUGCGCGUCUGCCGGGGUGCAUUCUGCAGAGUGACAGCCGGCAGGCGAGUGACUACGUGGAGGCGGCGGGGUACGACUACUUUGAGAAGAACGGCCGCGCCCUGCCCUUCUGGAUGGCGUCCAAAGCCAUCAAUCAGCUGUACGCAAGGCGCCACGGCUACCGCUACGUGAAUCAGGACACGCGGGAGUACAACAAAACUCGCCACCCCUCGUGGCUCAAGCUGCUGUUCCUGCGCGACCAGCUGCGCUGCUGCUGCGCGUGGGCGCUCUACCUGGACUCCGACGCCUAUCUGCGCAUGGACAACCACCGCCUCGCCAUCGAAGCGUGGCUCGCUGCCUUGCCAUUCACAGGAGCCUUCAACUGGAUAAGAGAUCGCUACGGCAUGGAGCUGACCAAUCAGACGUGGAUGCCGCAGUUCCCCAUUGCUCUGCUGGAUCCUUCUGUUGCUGACGUGGCAGCAUGCAGCCAAUCGGCAUCUCAGCCUGGCCCAUGCACGGAGGAGCCCUCGGAGCUGAUUGGUCUGUUUGCCCGGAAUUCAGGGGAGGAGAAUGGCGCCCCUGCUGCUCUCUUCAACGCCUCUCUCGAGUCCAUUAAUGCUGGGGUCAUGCUGCUCAGACGCUCUCGCCUCACUUUCCAGUUCCUGGACUCUUGGUACAACGAGGACCCUUCCAACCGCCACCUCAAGGAGGCCACGUGGGAGCAGAACCGACUCAACCGCAUUGCACCACUCUUCGCAAAGCACCUUGUCGUGGUGCCGUACCUAGAGCUGACAGGUCCCGAGGGCCGCCAGGUUCGACACAUGUGGUCGAUGGUGGGGCGGCACAGGGACGACACACUGAGGGCUGCUCUGCUAGGAGCGCUGCUGGCGAAUGAGGUGGCUGCUGGGGAGGACGAUUGGACGCCUAGGGAUGUGACUGAAAGGAGGGCACAUGACGAAAUGGAAGCAUGAUGUAUGAAUGCGCAGAUAAACCUAUGGCCGUUUGGGAAUCAUGGCUUGCAGUGUGAGGGCCAUGGUUAUCUGACCAAAUUGGCACUCGGAGCGCCGAGUUUUGAGGUUUGCAGACGGAAUCGUACUGUAAUCUCCCGGCAACAAUACCCCCCUGAAAAUGAGACCAUGGGGCUUCUUUCCAGACACGGGGUUUUUUUUCUGCAAAUACCUCGUGAGGACCCCCUUUUUAGGCAAAAUUCUUUUGAAGACCCCCCAUCUUUGUUUCUAGGAGAUUUUCCCGAGUAAUGUGGCCUUAAAUUGUGGUUUUGGGACAAAAAACGAGCUGAAAAAUU